UGGGUCGAAAUUUGAUGAGUAAUAUUAACCAACCACUGCGACGGUGGUGGAUUGCUCGAAGAAAAAUUCCCCCCCCACUGCGCUACCCGUUUUCCCAAUUUCUGCAGUUCUCCUCCGAAUUGGCCUGCGUUAUCUCCCGCCAUUUGCCGGCAAAUCGCCGCGGCACUGAUCGGCGGUUGUGCCGGUCGCCAUCUACAACGCAUUCAAGGAGGGAACUGUUUUCACCGCCACAGAGACGCAGAAUUCACUAAUGUCCUCAUCGGAGCAAGCCCUCGUCUCUCUAUUCUCCCGAUUUGCUUUAUCGUUUGAUGGAGCUGCUUUGGGCGCAGCCCUAGCCUACGCUGCGUUUCGUACCGUCCUCAAACUCACUGCUUCCUGCUCUGCUCUCGAUGAGCUCCGUAAAGCUCCAAAUGUAAGAGUAUCUGAUCUUCGCCAUAUGAUUUCCGAUGGAGAUUCGCGACAAUCCGAGUCCGAUCAAAAGCUUGUUGUAGUUCGUGGCACCGUGGAGGCCAGGUCGUUUGUGGAAGGUAAUUGGAAGAGCUUGCAGCCUAAUGUAUUGAUUUCUCAGGAGUCCGGAGAUAGAGCAGUGAUUAUUCAGCGUACGCAAAUGUGCAUAUUCAACGAAUGGAAAGGCUUUCUUGGAUGGACUUCUGAUUUACGUGCAAUUUUUGGAAGAACCUUUAGAAAGCAAGAGUCAACAUCAUUCAGAACGGUAAAAUUUAGCUUCUCUCUGUUAUUGCUAUGGUCCUUUUCCUGUGAUUCCUAUUGGAUCUUCUUUUUUCCCUUGCUUGUGGCGCGUGCAAGUAGGUUUGUAAGUGCUAUCUCUUCAGAAAGGGGUCCAAACCGAGUAGGCUUGAAGGUUCCUUUUGUCCUUGUUGAGGGUCAUUCCCCGUAUUCUGAUUUUGCUGUUGUUAACAUGGAUGGCUCAAGACAUCGUUUGCCUCUUACAACUGUGUAUCGUCAACUGCAACCCGUUUGCGCUACUCCUUAUACCUUCCUUCAAGCACUUUUUGGUCACGAGUACCCUGUUGGGGUGCUUGAUGAGGAGAAAAUACUUCCAUUAGGGAGAAAUAUCAGUGUUGUUGGCGUAUGUAGUUUUAAAAAUGGAGUUCCUGAGAUAAAGUCAUGCAAGGAUUUUCCCCACUUCCUAUGUGAAAUGACUAAAGAUCAGAUGGUUUUAGAUCUAGUCUUCAAAACAAAAUUUCUGUUCUGGAGUAGUAUUGUCCUCGGUUCGUUGUCAGUUGGUGUUCUUGGCUGUUCUGUUAUGAGAAAUUGGAAUAGAUGGAAACAGUGGAGGCAACAGAGACGGUUACAGGAUUCAGGGAAUGAUUCCACCAUGUCACAACUGGAUUCAAGCAAUAAUAUCCCCAUCUAUGGCGACUUUGGAACUGCAUCAGACGACGAGGUAGCAUCCAUUCCAGAUGACGAGUUAUCCUCAAACGUUCCAGAUGGACAGUUGUGCGUGAUCUGUCUCAUGAGGAGAAGGCGAUCUGCUUUCAUUCCAUGUGGUCAUUUAGUCUGCUGUGAACGUUGUGCCAUAUCAGUCGAACGCGAUUCAGCUCCCAAAUGCCCCGUCUGUCGCCAGCAGAUCCGUAGUUCUGUGCGAAUAUAUGAUUCGUGAGAAGAAGCAAAUUAUUUCUCAGGUUCGAACUCAUUCAUCUGGGUGGCCUUUUUUUUUGCUGAUACUAAGAUUUUAUAUAUAUGCAAUGCAAGUGAUUCCUGGGGCAGCAGUGAUGGCUCUUGUAAAUACCAGACAAUAUAUACUCUUUUAUACUGUAACUUGCCAAUGUAUGGUACUAAAGAAAACAAACAAACAAAUAAAUGAAAUCUUGCUGAUAUGUGAUGAGAAAGGAAGCUUCAGUA